AUGAGAGUAGAUCCGCCGACGUAUCUGGAUGAAGAACUGGAUUGCAGACACUAUUUGGAAGAGCAUGUUCGGGAUUUCCUACCGGAGCGAUGGGCUCACCAAGAUUGGAGAGAGAAACUUAUACGUGUUGAUCAACAGUUUGAGGCUUCGAAGGUUACGCACGGUUUCAAGUCCGACGUUUUGCCUAACGAACCGUCGUCCGCGACACCACCAGAGGACGAAGCUGCAGCAGAAAACUCGGGAUCUCAUCCACAAGCGGUACCUAGAGAACUCACAGCACAUCCCAAGCUACGAAAGGUUCACAAAGUCAACGCAUUGCAGCGGUUCCGGGACGCAUGCAAGCGUGUGGAGCUGCUUUUCGAGGUUCAGACUCGAGGACUUCUUGUUCGGCACCCCUGCACUUCCCUUCUCUCGCACGACUUGGAUUGGGCUGCGGUGCACGUUUCUUUGGAGCGUAAACGGCCAUUCGAUAAGUCUUCUAUUUGCAAAAUAUACCAUCCCGCCAAUUACAAUCCUAGUAGCUUUUGUAAGCUUCCCAAUUCCAACCCCGGCAAGCCCUGGUUCUUGGAGGAUCUUCCGCUCAGAAUAAAUUAUCCCCAACUAUCAGAUUUCUGGCUGCAUAUCCCCGCCAACAAUGAAUCCUGGAUGAAGGAUGCAAUAUUGAAAUUGACAGAAACAACGGUCAUAUCAGACAGCUGGCUGUACACUUCUCUCGAAUCUAGUCUCAAAGCAAGACAGAACUUUCCGCAUUCCCGAUAUAUCCUACCAAAUUUCGACAUCCACGAAGAUCGCGAAUACAAUGUUGCCAGUGUUUGUAUAACUAUUCCGUACCUUCAUUGGGAUACACUCGAGCGGGCUCAAGCAUACUGCAACCAUGUCUGGCAUGCGUAUUCUCCGAGCGAUAGCCAACCCCCAUCAAGGGCAAUUCCGCGCAUUGCUAAGCUGCUAAAGCUUAUGCAAACGAAUAAGAACGUUACGUCGUCGUAUCACCCACGUCGAACUCUGGACCAAUUCUCGUACCCUCGCGUGAAAGAUACAAGGGAACGCGAUGCGGAUCAAACCAUUACGCGGCUCACGAAAAGAGACGAUGUACAGAAUGCAGCUAAGAUGAUCAUGGUAGACCAGCUGUGGCUCUACCUUUUGGUCUUGGAAACCCAGGGCACAGCUGCGUCUGCUGUAGCGCCCCAAACAGCGGGACAUGUUAGAUCGGCCGUCGUCACUUCUUUUCCUGACACUUCAUACGCAAGAUCGGACAAUGAAGGCCCGGACCCCUAUAGCGCGGCAAGCAUUCGUGACCGGGUUCUCGAAAAGCUUGAAACUGCGCAAGAUGAAGAAUACGAGGGAGUUCCUCGUGCGCCAGAAGUUGCGUCUACGAUUCUAUCUACCGCACUGCGUGAGACUCUAUCAAUCCGAGAUGACUGGUCGCUGGAUUUCCUGGAGCUAUUCCAAGAAGCGAUAGGAGAGGUGACGGAGAAACAUAUUGGCUUCUUCCGGGCGUUUGAAAAGUCCUUGAAACGGACCGAAAAUGACUCCCAGUCCGAGAAUUCAGCAUCCGCGGAAUCGGUUUCGGAACAGAAGAGAGCUGAUACAAGGAGAGAGCAAGUGGCGUUGGGCCUCGAGAUAGCCGAUAUCCUCGAUGAGCUCAGUAUGCUGAAACAACUCUUCGAAGUCCAGAACGGUGUUCUACGAAAGGGAGGCCAGGACAUGCAAGAGAAACAGACUUCCCUUCUGCAUCCCCUCCAGGAAGAGACAGAACGCCUACUGCGGACCAUCAACAACGAGUACUUGCCCAAGGUGUUACGUAUGAUUGAAGAUGUACAUCGGUUACAAAGAAGCGUCUUGGACCUACUCGACCUCCAACAAAAGGAAGCAAGCAUCGACGAAGCCAAAUACGCGAACCAACAAGCUCUAUUUGCAGGCAAACAAGCCAUAGCAGCACAAGCGCAGGCCGACGCAACGGAAGCACAAUCGCAAAUCCUCUUCAUCUUCACCGUCGUCACCAUUGUCUUUCUCCCACUAUCGUUCAUUACUUCCUACUACGGCAUGAACAUCAUCGCAGGCUUUGAUAACGAAGGAAACAUCGAAGCAAAGAACUACAGCAUUUCAGAUGUCCGGUCGGUUAUUUGGAAGAGCUUAGGAGGUCUUGUCGGGCUUUUUAUUGUUGUGGGAAUGUGGUAUUGGCUUGGCAAAGCGCACGCUGCAUAUAGGACAACGAGGAAUUUGGUCAGGAUGAGGGAGGAGGGCUAUGUGCCUCCUAAACUAAUCGACAAAGCGGACUCGGAAUUUGUGAGGAUGAAGAACUUUGAUCCAAAUGCAAGACUGGAGGUGUGGUGGUGUCCGCACUGCUGGUUUCGAGCUGCCUUAUCCGCGGCACAUAGGGAGCCGGAAGUACCACCUUCAGCGAAUGUGGCUCAUUCGGAUGGAUCCCGCUCGGCAGGUACUGUUCAAGGCUCGGGAGGGGUACCUAAACCAGGUUCAAUACCUACAGCAGCAGCAACACCUACAGCAGAUUCCGUACCUACAGCAGGAGCACCAACCCCCGGAACGAGAGCCAAGCUAUUCCAGCGAGGAAAAUCCAGGCGAUCUGAGAGUGCCGUGUAA